CAAUCUUUUUCCCAUGGAACCAUCGUUUUAGGUGAAUAUAUUAUUGUGGGAACGGAGCAUGACUUUACCAGUUGCUGAAAGUUUUACAAAAAGUAUUUUGAGGAUCGCAGAGGCAGACCACACAUCUUUCUAUAGAUUGGAUAACCAUUUGUCGGCAAAAUCACGUGUUGGAUUCUCUGCUUCUUUGAUUACGACAUACAUAAGUUCGUGGUGCUCGGAUCGGAGUUAAUUAUCUGGUGACGUAGUCAAACAUAUGAUAUUAUGCCAUGAUGAGGCUUUAUUUUUGAGUGUCGGAGUACGCGAGUGAGUCCAAAGGUGUUACGUAUGGUAUCUUAGUUUUUCGAGUAAAUGAGCUAGUCCUAAGGGACUUACGACCUUCUUAUCUUUAUCACCGAAACAAAUACACUCAGUAAUCUCGGCUGCUAUAGACUACGAUAAUGGAAGGUGGGACGAAAUUAUCUGGAAAAUACGAGAAUGAAGGCAGCAGAAGUCGGCCCCAUCUCAAUGAGUUCGAUCGCGGCGGAGUAUCGAGCAUAAAUGCAUCUGAUAAGAUAACUGAGGACUCAGCGCUACUUGCCAAAAUGCACCCCAAAAUCACAAAAUUGAAAGAAUCUUUUCAAAAUAGAAGUCUCGUUGUGGACUUCCUAGCAAUACUUUUCGGAGUAGGAACAUGGAUCGGAGUCAAUUCCACAUACGUACAACUACCUCUGCUGGUAGAAACAGCUCCUGAAGGAUGGAGUUUACCAUCUUUCCUGGUUGUCAUCAUACAACUGGGUAACAUCGGACCACUGCUCUAUACACUACGCGAGAGAUGCUCUAACAGUGGAAUAAUCAAAGACUCCCAGCUCAUAUACGUACUACUUGUAAUCGGAACAAUAGCAUCAAUCCUGAUGUCUUUCAUGUAUACGCAAACAUCGAUUGUCGCCAAUCGGCCCUAUAGUGUGUCCCUAUUCGCCUUAGUUUUCUUCCUAGCGCUAACAGGAUGCACCAGUUCGGUUUUAUUCAUGCCCUACAUGGGCAGAUUUGCGGAGACCUAUCUGAUUAUGUACUUUGUGGGCGAAGGUCUGAGUGGAUUUUUGCCGAGCGUUGUGGCCCUAAUCCAGGGAGUAGGUGGCAACGUGGAAUGUAUUCCGAUGAAUUCAACAAAUGGUACAGAAUUCGAACGCUAUGUUCCGCCAGCGAGAUUUGAUACGAAGGUUUUUUUUCUUCUUGUGUUUGCCAUGAUGAUUUGCAGCACCAUAGCCUUUUUCCUGCUCGACAACUUGAAAGUGUGCAAGAAGUUUUACGUGACUGGAAAAAUCGGCAACGGGCACACAUACGAAUAUGACGAAACGGAAACUACCACAAAGCAGGAGAUCCCAAAAAUUUUGAGUAGAUGGAACUACGGAUUUCUCCUGUUCUUAAUGGCGGUGGUGUGUUUGUUUGGUAACGGAGUAUUCCCUAGCCUACAGUCGUAUUCCUGCCUUCCAUAUGGAAACGUUGCCUACCACUUAGCAGUAACUUUUAGUUCCAUGGCUAACCCAAUUGCCUGCUUCAUGGCCAUCUUCUUACCGCACACAAAUAUUCGAUCGAUCGUAAUAAUGAUCGUUUGCGGCUCCGUGUUCACAUCCUAUGCACUUGUUACAGCAUCACUAAGUCCUUCGCCACCAUUGAUUAAUACAACGAUUGGUGAAGUCCUCAUUAUUUUCUGCUGGACCAUUCUUAUGGGAUUAGUGAGUUACAUCAAAUUGUGCAUUACGACUGUGAUGCGAUCGCAAGGUGGCAAAUCCCUCCUGUGGGUUGGCGCCAUUGGACAAGUUGGAUCAGCGGUUGGUUCAAUUCUAACUUUUGUUUUAGUAAAUGUUUUAAACUUGUUCGAAUCAUAUCAGCCUUGUUGACAAUCUAGUGCAGUAUUUUCAUAUUAUAACUUUAUGUUUUUUAAAUUAAUUAAUUUUAGGGAUAAUUUUAGGGGAAAUAAAAUUAAUUUGUCUAAAA